AUGCGAGUAAACGUGGCGAGAGUUUGGGAGGAUUCGGAUUAUGAGAAAAUCAGAAGUUUGUGUUUGCAAAAUGAAGGAUGGAUUGAGGUGAGCAAAAAAUAAUAAGCUUUUUAUACAUACGAUAUUGAAAUUUGUGUGUAUUUGUGCAUCGCAGUGUUUACAGACAUGAGAAUAAUUUCUUUUUGUCAGGAAUUGCGCAUUUUCAGCACGGUAGAAGGGUUUUAAGAUUAUUUUGAAUUUGAUUCCUCUCGCCAAGAAGAAUUAUUUGAUUUUUGUGAAGGUCUCGCAGCGAUAGAAGAUUUUCCAAAAGAAAACUUUAAAUUUAUCCAUUUCUGACAUCUAGAAAUUGAUGUUUUCUCGAAGACAUCAAAUUUUAAUGAUCAAAUUUCCGCUCGUUUUCUGUUCGGCACCCACACAUUUGCCCCCUUCUUAUGAUCACAAUUAUAAUCAAAUUAUUGGAAAUUUCGCAAACAUGAAAUAAAAUUUCCAUUCUCGCUAACAAAAUUCGUUUUCUCACAGGUUUACAACAAAAAAGACACAGAAGUUCAUGUGAAAAAUGUGCCGAACAGCGAUUAUCAAAUGGUCAAAGCCACCGCCUAUUUUCCUGAUGUUUCAUCGAGUGUCGUUUAUGAUGUUUUGCAUGAUUCAGCGUAUCGACCGAAAUGGGAUAAACAUAUGGCGAAACAGGAGAGUAUUGGGAUUAUUAACCCGAAUAAUGAUGUUUGUUAUCAUGGAUGUGAGUAUUUGGGGUGGGGAUCAAAAUGAGUUGAGAGCUUGUACCAUAGACUUCUGAAUAUAUCAUUUUUCAGAUAAGAACUAUCUAUGGGAAAGUUAGAGAGAUAGUAUAAGACCAACGGAUUUUCCUAGAAGAUCCAAUAAAUUUUGGAUUCAGAAAGUUUUUGGAUAUUUUUUUCACAAAGUUAUACGACUUGGGUUAUAAAGGUGCUCUAACUUUAACAUAGAUAAUUUUCAUCAGAAAAAUUAGCCUAUCAUAUCAUCGUAUGAAAAAACCUCAAAUUUUCACUCAUGUUUCAGUGACAUCAUAUCCACCAGUUCGAGCUCGAGAUUUUGUUAUGCAACGAAGUUGGUUGGAAACACAAAAUGAGAAAAUGAUAUGUUCACAUUCGGUUUGUCACGAAGAUUAUCCGCCAGCAAAAGGUUAUAUCAGAGGAACUAUUCUUUUAUCCGGUUAUUUGAUUAGAGACAAAGGUGAAAAAGGUGGAUGUGAAGUGAUUUAUAUUUGUCAUUCGGAUCCAAAAGGUAAACUACCAACUUGGUUGGUUAAUCGAGUUACGAAAGUGGUUGGACCGAAAAUUAUCAAAAAAUUACACAAAGCUUGUCAAAGUUAUCCGGAUUGGAAACAAAAACAUCAUCCGGAAUGGAAACCGUGGAUUAAUGUUGAACAACAGGUGGGUAUUCUGAUGUAUACUAUAAUAAGUCUAUCAUAAUUUUUAAGAUCGAUUCCCCACGAGUAGAUUUGAGUAAAUGUCAACCAAAAGAAUAUGAACAAGAUAUAAUCGACGAAUCGAAUUUAUCUGCAAUGUCAAUAAGCACAAAAGACGAGGAUGAGGAGGAAAAUUAA